AUGGAAAAUAAUGAUCUUAUAGAGCGCACGUAUCAAGCCCUCGUUAGUAUGGUUCAUACUACCGCUGUGAGUCGAAAAGUGGUAGCACGACCUCCUUUUACAUUUCUGCACAAAAUGCUUGUUGAAACGCUAGGCAACUAUGACCUCUUCUCAGAACAGCAGCUCGUGCUUUCUGCCACAACUACGAAACAGGCCAAGGCAGCCUUCUUGACACGCGCAAUUGCGUUUGUCACAUUCGCGAUGAAAGCAAAUGCCCGCCGUCACCACAUUCCCUGCCUCUUACUGCUUACUGAAGUACUCCAAAUGCCUGAUCGCGGAGUUAAGGAUGCAGCCGCGAAGGAAGUGCGAGAAAAGGGCGACGCAUAUUUAUAUUCUUUAGGAGUAACAUUUCGCAAAGGGCUUGUACUCUUCCAGAUGAUAAUUCGCAAGCGUCUUCAUCGAGUGCACAAUGCUACUUUAGUUGACAAGUCGACAGAAUAUGGAAAUGAGCAGGCGAUAUUUGCGAGUAUCCCAAAUGGCCGAAGGAAUAACAGUUCUUUUCGAAAUGUGCAAGGGAACGUUCGUGUCGUAGGAUACGAGGAAGAUGCCCAGGCAAAGGACAAAUUUGACAAUAGCAAAACGGAGCAGAUUGAGAUUUGUGAUACAACGCACUCCCGACUUGAUAAACCAGAGCAUGUAGAAACUUCCAUCUCACCCAACUCUUUGAUCCAGUUCCAAAGGCACAUGACUCCAAAGGUGGAGUCAUCUGUUUUUUUGUUUAGCAAAUCCUCUUUGAGUGCGAGUUCCUCGAACAUCAAAACUUCAGAAUCCCUCGAUGAGUUGCAGUCCAAUCUAGAAGAAAAUCAGAUAGAUUCCAGUAAGCUUAAAGACAGCAGUGAUUGGCAAAGAAUGUUGAAGAAAGUACUUGCUGAUGGCAGCAGCAAACCGGAAAUGUCUUACUUUGAUUCAGAUGGUCACAGCCGAUCACAGAUAGAAGCCAUGCAGAUGAACACUUCGGACCCAAGCAAAGCUAGCUUUCCGAAAUUAUGCAAUCAGCACACGAGGCCUUUGGCGCCAGUGAAGAAGCGAAGAUCUUCUAACGAGGGGAACUCUAACACUGAUACUAAAAGCAGACAUCAAAAAGAUGGGACACCAUGGCAAGCAGCUCAGGUCAAACUCUCUAAUAACACAUUGACAGCAGAAAGUAGAUUGUCACGUCAGCGUGACACCAGCUCAUCAAAUUUCCAACGCUCAGGUACACUUCUAACAAAUAUUCAAGGUGCUGAUUCUCCGUCUCUUUCAUUAGCUAGUCUCAGGGACUCGGUCACAACUGUAUAUUCUGGCAUGUAUCAAACGACUGAUCAAUGUACACAAGAGCAACUAACUUUGGUUAGGGACGUCGUUCUUCGAAUCGAUAGCUACAUUAAAAGAAAGCGACUUCGAGUCAUUGACCUGUUUCGGUACUGUGACGCCGAUGGCAAUGGAAGCAUUUCAGCCGAAGAAUUGAUCGAUACGCUCUCGCAAAUGGACAUUCAAUUAUCAUCUAAGCAAGCAAACGUUUUUCUUCAGCAUAUUGACAAGGAUAAAAAUGGAUUGAUCGAUGUGGAUGAGUUUGAGAUGCUAGUGCGUAUCUUUCGUCGCAAUGAAGCCCAACGCGAACAGGUAAAGAGAGAGCUUAAAGCCUCGAAGAGACGCUCGGAGAAAAGCUUUGGCCUGAAACCCAGUCUCGUUAUGAAAGCCAAAACUAAAGCGGCUAUUCUCAACGAAUUUAAAAUCGCUCAAGGAGGCAAUGACGGGAUGAACGCAGAACAAUUACGCUUGCUCAUUAAUCGUCUUUCGAUUCCAAAAAUGAACGCAGCAUUUAUCGAUUCUCUGAUUGAUCGUGCUGUUGGGCAUGCAAUAGGCGGUUUAGUAGCGCUUUUAUCUACGAGCCCUGAAGAACAAACCCGUACUCAAACCGACAAACAUAUGAUUUCACAUCAGCAUCUUGCAACAGCGCUGGACGAGCUCGAGUGGAUUGAAAAACCCAACCGGUUUCUCAACCAGUCUUGGAUCCGUCAAUUCGAUUUCCAGCUGAAGCGAGCCAUCCGCGAAUACGAAUCGAUUUGA